UGAAAGUAGUGGAUAUUACAGUUGAUUAGAAAACUAUCCUGUGAACUACAAAAUCACCAUCUAAUUCUAGCUCAGAGUGACUAUUCCAAAUAUAUUUCUGUUGCUUGUGUGCCUUCAUGGAAACUGGUUUAAAAAAUUUCACUUUAUGUUUUUAUCACUCGUGAUCUUGCAGCUUAAAUUUGUGUACAAUUCAACACAAAUUGCUAAUUGCAACUCAAAAUUCUGAAACAACUGACACAAAAUAGAGGCAUAGUUUUUUUACAGUCAGAAUUAUCUGUUUGGAGCAUAUCCACAUACUCAGUUUUACCUUGUAUUUUUUAUUGAGUUGUGCAAUGAUGAUGGUUAUAAAGCGUGGAACAGUGUUCCAUUUAUUUUCAUGGAUAGUGUUUCAUUGAGAUGAUAGUUAUGCAAACCAUGUGUUAAUAACCAGAAAGGAGACUGACGCCAUAAUCUGUUGAAAUUUAAAAUUACAGGCGGAAUCUUGUAUAGGUCCGAGCGGCAUGGGCUGUGGCAACACGUGAGAUGGAAUUGAUGACGGGUCUAGCAAGGCCGAACUCAAAUUGAAAGCAUUUCAUGCCAUCUUUUUAUGUUUUUCGUAAACAACAUGCAAUAACAUGUGGCAAUCCUGGGGAGAUUUUGAAUGGAUAUUAUAAUGCGUCAAAUGCUGAAUUUGGAAGCACAGUUUCAUUUUACUGUAACACUGGGUUCAAGUUAGUUGGUAAUGUCCAUCGUACUUGUGAAGCUAAUGGUUGGAGUGGUCAAACUCCAAUAUGUGAAGUUGUCAAAUGUGAUUAUCUUGAACCGCUUACUAAUGGAAGAACUCCAUACCCAACCGGUGGAGAUUAUUGGGAGCAUGGAAUGGUAGCAGAGUACUCAUGUGACCUUGACUAUUCAUUGAUUGGUGCAGAAGAACUUGUUUGUACAGAGACUGGAGAGUGGAACAAUAAGCCUCCAAUUUGCAAAGCUGUCCACUGCAAGCGUCCAGAACUGCCUGAAAAUGCCAACAUUGUAGCAGGAUUUGGACCCAGUUAUAAGUAUCGUGAAACAAUAACUUACAGAUGCGAGCAUGGUUAUAAAAUUGAUGGCGACAAUGUCAUUGAAUGCAAUGAGAACAGUGAAUUCUCACCACCGCCACCCACCUGUCAACUAUCUGGAUGCAGGGAACCUAUGCCAAUCAAACACGGAGAAAUAACAAAUAAGAGACCUGUAUACGAGUUACACGAAGAAAUUACCUAUGAGUGUAGAUGGGGCUAUAUACUGGUUGGCCAAAAGGUCAUUCGGUGUGUGGAGAAUCACAGAUUUGAGCCGUCGCCACCUGCAUGCAGAAGAAGUAGGUAA